UUGUUUCGAAAAUGUCUUUUAGUGCUAUGGCGGGUUUCUGUUUUUUCAAUCUCAAAUACGAAAUGAGGAGUUAUGUGCGCCGCUUGGGCGGCGACAUUGACAGCAAUUUCUUGAAUAUUUUCAAUCGCCAUUUUGUGAAUAAAUUGGAAUUACCUAUAUGUUGAGAGACCGAGAUUAUAUUCCGAACAACUUUUUUUUAUGUUAAUUGUAAAUGUAAAAUUAUUCUGCCUAUGGCCUAUGAUCAAUGCGAUUUAACUGCUCUAGUGCUUUCACACAACGCAUCUCACAGAUGAUGUUCUGAGAUUUAUAUUUAUUACUUAGAUGAAUUAGGUUAUAAUCUCUCCUUUGCAUCUUCAUCCUCUGCUUUCAAUAUGUCUAAGAAGUCAGGGGUUUUAAAGCGUGUGAUGAAGAAACAUGAAGUGGCUCUACCAAUACAUAUGCAGCGUUUGGAAGCUGCGUUAGAAGUUAGACCAUUUGUUGAUCAGGUUGAAAAAUUACUAAAUUCUGAUAGUGAGAGUGUCAGCAGUGAGGCUUCAGAAAUUGUAUCUGUUGGAAAGAAAGGAGAUAAAAUAAUAUAUGGAGUUUUAACAACUAAACAAGAAAGGCAAUGUGACCGCCUCAGAUUAUACAAUUUUUCAUCAGUUGGCGAAGAAAGGGAGUGGCUGCGAAAUGUUAUUCUUUCAUCAGAGUCAGACAGUGGUGAAGAUGAUACACCAGCUGGAAAGAAUAAAAGGAUAAAGCGACUAUUAAAAGAGAGAAAGUUUCACAACAAACACGUGAAGUCAUAUUAUAAAGAUCCAGGGAAUUCAAGAUACAUGUAUUAUGGUGCUGGACUUCUGUCAACAGUUGAUCGAUACCCAGAAAGGAAAAUCAGUAGGCCACCUCCGACGAGUGCUAGGAGUCGAAGAGGUCGGCCAAAAGACAAGGGUGUUACCAAACCUCAGCAUAAACCCAGGAAAACAAAAGCAAAGGAAAUACAAGAGGAUGGAAGUGAUAUUCCUGAUGGUAUCGCUGAUUGGGAGGAACAAAUGCGCAAUAUGAAAGAUGAGCCGGAUGAUGAAUUUUGUAUUUCUGAGAAAGCAGGUGUUCGGGGUCGUAAGAAGUCACUAAAUAUGAAAAGUCCAGAGGUUCUAACGGCUCGUCGUAAGCGACACUGGUUCUUACUGGUUAAGAAAGAAAUGGGCAAAGUACAGAGAGCGAGGGCUGCAACACACAAGGAGCUGCUGUUGCAACGAAAAAGGCUGGCAACAUUGUGCAGUAAACACUGGAGACAUGUUGCCAUGCAGUCACAAAAGAAUAUGAAGGAGACAGUGUGGCGGUGUAAGCGGCUAAGUCGUGAGAUGCAAGCGUACUGGAGACGAUACGAUAGGGCUGAAAGAGAGACCAGGCGAAGGAUGGAAAGGCAGGCGGAGGAGCAGCGUAAGAUGGACGUUGAGCUGAUGGAGGCAAAGCGACAACGCCGCAAACUGAAUUUUCUGAUCACCCAGACUGAGUUGUACGCGCACUUCAUGCAGCGCAAGUUAAAUGCCGUCGAUGGUGACGACUGUGGAGCCGACACCAUCCUCAGCCAACUGGACGAGGACAGAGAUCCGAGACUGGCCGCCAUCGACCACUAUGAUUGCGAGGCAAUGAAGGCUCGCGCGUCUAAGAACGCGCUGGAUGCGUUUCAUACGGACCGCGCUCGCACCGCAGCAUUGGAUGCGCGCACGCUCGACCCGGCGGACGCGGCAGACGCAACGCGACAAGAUGCACGCGAAUUCGACCAGCCCUCCAUCUUCUGCGGCACGCUCAAGGGAUAUCAGCUGAAAGGAAUGAACUGGCUCGCAAACUUGUAUAAUCAGGGUAUCAGCGGUAUAUUAGCGGACGAGAUGGGCUUAGGCAAGACGGUUCAGUGCAUCGCGUUCUUGUGCCACGUAGCGGAGAGACUGGGCGUGUGGGGCCCGUUCCUGGUAGUGUCACCAGCCUCCACGUUGCACAACUGGCAACAGGAGCUGCAGAGAUUCGUGCCUGACUUCAGAGUGGUGCCGUACUGGGGCAGUCCAAGCGAGCGAAAAAUCCUCCGUCAAUUCUGGGAACGUAAAGAUCUGCACACUCAACAUGCAGCCUUCCACGUGGUCGUCACUUCAUAUCAGAUCGUUGUGUCUGACCUCAAGUACCUCAACCGUGUCUCAUGGCAAUAUAUGAUACUGGAUGAGGCGCAAGCGAUUAAGAGCUCUGCUAGUAUGCGGUGGAAGUUGUUACUGGAUUUCAGCUGUAGGAACCGGCUUUUGCUAUCAGGUACACCGAUACAGAAUAGUAUGGCGGAAUUGUGGGCCCUUCUUCACUUCAUCAUGCCAACCCUAUUUGAUUCACACGAAGAAUUCAAUGAAUGGUUCUCUAAAGACAUUGAGAGUCAUGCGGAAAAUAAGAGCACUAUUGAUGAGAAGCAUCUUUCAAGACUGCACAUGAUAUUGAAGCCGUUUAUGUUGCGACGAAUAAAGAAAGAUGUUGAGAAUGAGCUUUCCGAUAAGAUUGAGAUAAUGGUGCACUGUCCACUCACCAUUAGACAGAAGAUACUGUAUAUAGCACUGAAGAAGAAAAUCAAGAUAGAAGAGUUACUGAGGUUUUCAAUUGGCUCAGAGUCUGGUCACAAUGUUGAUAAGAAUUUCACGUCUAAUUUGAUGAAUUUGGUUAUGCAGUUUAGGAAAGUAUGCAACCACCCAGAGCUAUUUGAACGGCGCGACGUUAGAUCGCCGUUCGCAAUGCAUGUAGAUGACUACCACCUGCCGAAGCUGGUAGCAGAAGACUGCAUCAUGAUAAGAAGCAUACCAUCCAAACGGCAUCUGUUGUACAACAGACUGUGUGUUGUGAUUAGUGAAUAUGUGCAUAGAAGCUUCACUGAUUCUGGCAGUGAAUUGUUCUCAUUCUCGCGUUUUAUGGACUUGUCUCCAAUGGAGGUGUAUAGGAUUAUGGUGUGUGGGUGGCUGUAUGCAAUACUGCAUAUAGAGCAAUGUAUAGAACAAUAUGAUAAAUUACGUCAUCGGGAAGUGUGGUGGUACAACAAUAGAAACUCUUGCUAUAAUCAAGUGAGAAGUAAACACAUGCUACUGGUGUGCCCGGCUGGAGAUGUUCUGAGGAAGAGGAAAGAGGACUCGUCCUUAUGGAGGGACUUGUUGUUUACUGAUUUGGUAUGGAUUCAAGGUGGCCCGUUCUAUACUCACACUGAUCACAAGAUACAUUACAUGCCUGAAACUAUUGAGCACCGAGCAUUGCGUACUAGAAACAUAAGAAUGCCUAAUGGACAGACAGAAAUCCUGACUGAGAUAAAGACUGAGGAUGGAGGAGUUAUUCCAGUGGAGGGUCCGGAUAUGGAAGCUCCUGAGCUGCUGCACGUGGAGCGCGACCCUGUCAUCCUCUGCGACAUGCCCACACCUCUGCCUGCUUUCCUGUGCACCGCGCAGCCUAAGGUGUGCGCUCCGACGCGACGUUCGUUCGCUGUGUCGCGGUCUUAUGCGUACCACGUGACGCGGCACGAACACUGCGAGAGCGCCGCCGGCUGCACGAUUGUGCAGCGCCUUGUGUGCGACACGCCCACUCCGCACGGAUGGUGUGCACUGCAGGUGCCCGAUAAAAACCAGCUGGUGAGUGACGCGGGCAAGUUGACUGUGUUAGACUCGCUCUUGCGGCGGCUGAAGGAACGCGGACAUCGAGUCCUCAUCUACAGCCAGAUGACGAAGAUGAUUGACCUGCUAGAGGAAUACAUGUGGCACAGAAAGCAUAAGUAUAUGCGGUUGGAUGGCUCCAGCAAAAUUUCAGCGCGUCGGGAUAUGGUCGCCGAUUUUCAGGCUCGCACGGACAUUUUCGUGUUCCUGUUAUCAACGCGCGCUGGAGGACUGGGCAUCAAUCUCACGGCAGCUGAUACUGUCAUAUUCUACGACUCUGAUUGGAACCCGACCGUGGACCAGCAAGCCAUGGACCGCGCUCACCGGCUGGGUCAGACCAAGCAGGUGACGGUGUACCGGCUCAUCUGCAAGGGCACCAUCGAGGAAAGGAUAAUGCAGCGCGCCCGAGAGAAGAGCGAGAUACAAAGGAUGGUGAUAAGUGGUGGUAACUUUAAGCCGGACACACUCAAGCCGAAGGAAGUGGUCUCCCUGCUGUUGGAUGAUGAAGAAAUUGAACUUAAAUAUCGCCAAAGAUCCGAAGAAAAGAAAUUGAUGGAAGAACGGGAGCGAAAGAAGAAGUUGGGGUUGUUGUCGCCCGCCGUUCCACCGGCGGUGCCGAGCACAUCGGGAAGCGACAACGUGCCUGUGAAGCGAUCGCACGACUCGUCGGAGAGCAGCGAAGGAGAGGACUCUGCCGAAACGUCCACAAACCGCGUGCCGCCGAUUUCACCAGUCCGCGGCACGUGGGCAGGUGGGCGUCACCAGAGAAGUGCGCGGCGCGGGCGACCACGUGGCUCGCGGCAUUCAUCACGCCCCGCCCCCCCCAUGCCCGCUGCCGCUUCCGCCAUAGCCGCCGCGGGGGCAUUACUGGAGUCGGACAUGCCGUUGGAGGUGGUGAGCUGCGUAGAGGGUGGGGCAGAACGCGGCGUGAGGCGUGCGCCCGGGCGUCCUCGUCUGCGGGCGACCGGGCGUUCUCGCCCCGUCACCCGGCGGCCGCGGCGACCUCGCGAACCCUUGCUGGUGCCAUUGGCACCGCCACCCUAGCCCUCGCAACAACACUAGACAGAAAUGCACCGCUGUUUAACUUGAUUGUGUGACGUAAAAAAAGAAGUGGAAAGUUAAACUGAAGCCCACCAUUAGUGCAAUAAUUUUGAGUUUUCAACUAUAUUAAGUCACGUUUAUGUUAAAAUAAAAUCAACUUUGCUGUGUUUCAUUUUACUGUAAAUAAUUCGUCGUAAAAGUCAUUUCGUUUUGUAUUAAAGUUAAGAAUUUUAAAAGAA